AUGGCCAUCCAUGUUCUCUCCAUGAUGGCGGCAUUCUUCGGUGCCCUGCCUGCAGGCAUCGCACUGCGCUCUGUAAAAUCCGCAUGGCAUGGCAUCUCGGUCAUUGUCUUUUACGCAUUCAUUGCCCUCGGCCUCGGCUCAAGUAUGUUGUACCGCAAGCUGACCCCCAACAUGUACGAGGGCGCGCGACAUGGAAGCCAAGGCUAUGGCUGGCUCGCCUUCGCUGUUGCACUGUCGACCCUUGACGUGCUCACGAUGGGCGUGCGUCUCGUCCAGUAUGUCCGUGCGAUUCGGAGCGGCGAAGAGCGGUUCGGCUUCAAGGCGGCGUGGGGCACCGUUGUCCUGGGACGCGAGGACCAUCACCUCGCCAACGGCCCGGAGUACAUCAACCUGGUGGCUGACGAUGAGUACGCCGAGGCUGAGCUCAAGGUCAGGGAGCUCGAGUCCGAUGACAGCGUCGACGAGACGGAUCAUACUGAGACGGCAGAGUGGGCGAAUGAUGUUCGCCGCCACAGCCGCCAGCCCUCGUACCCCCAGUCCGCGGCGUCCGAGCGCACUCUGUUCGGUCCGCGCUCUCCGCGCCAUUCGGACGACACGUUGCAUGAAUACCCUGGUCGCAUGGCAUGGAUUGCUGGCGUCAAGAAACCGUCGACGCUCAAGAAGCUCGGCAGAAUUGCCUUCGCCACUUCCGAGCGGGUUCUUGUCUUCGCGGGCUUCAUGCAAGUGUUAACGGGGAUUGUGACGUACACCGGUGGCUGCCGUCAGAACUACAUUAAUGGAUGUUUGGCGCACCUGAUUAAGGGCGGGAUCUUCUGGUGCUAUGGUCUUGUGACGUUCGCUCGCUUCCUGGGCUCAUUUUCUGAACUCGGCUGGGCGUGGAACCGCGCGCCGUCGGGCAACUAUGUCAGCGCCGAAUUCGUCGAGUCGGCUGUCAUCUUCGUCUACGGCAUAACUAAUACCUGGAUGGAGCGUUUCGGCGCAAACCCGGGGGACCCGUACACGGCAAAGCAGGUGCAGCACAUCAGCAUCGCGGUCAUGUUCUGGUUCGCAGGCCUCGUUGGCAUGGGCAUCGAAUCCAAGAUGGUGCGACGAUGGCUGGCGUCGGGCAGCACCGCGGCGGUCCCCCAGUCUGCGCGUGAGCAGGAGGCGGUCGCCGAGCCGCCGAGCUACGGCGCGAGCUUCAACCCGUUCCCCGCCCUGUGCAUCGGCAUCACAGGCGCAGCCAUGAGCGCACAUGCGCAGACGUACCUCUUCCAGGUGCAGAUCCACAUGCUAUGGGGCUACCUCCUGAGCGGCUUCGCGGUGCUGCGCUGCCUGACGUACUUUUUCGUCUGGCUCGCGCCGCCGCGCUCGAUCCUGCCAAGCCGCCCGCCGACGGAGGCGCUCGCGUCGUUCUUCCUCGCAUGUGGCGGGCUGAUGUUCAUGUUCUCCACCGAGGAGCUCACGAUCGCGGCGAUGCGCCAGAAGCGGGACGAUAUGAUGAUGUUCCUGAACCUCGGGGUCGCGAUAACGUGCCUCGCGUUCUGCUGGGCGCUCGCGGUCGUCGCGUUCAAGGGCUGGCUGAAGAGCCAUACGCACAAGGCGGUGCAAUUCCACCCGUCCGCAUGA